UAGCAUCAUGUGCUAGCUGCUCUCCCAGACUUCCAGCUCCGUCUCCCUCGCUCGCGGUAGCAUUCUGGGGCUGGAGGCAGGAAUGCGAAGAUGGCUGCAGACUUGGGAGAGCUGCUGGUCCCGUACAUGCCCACCAUCCGAGUCCCCAGGACCGGGGACCGGGUUUUCAAGAGCGAGUGCGCCUUCUCCUACGACUCCCCAGAGUCUGAAGGAGGCCUGUACGUGUGCAUGAACACGUUUCUGGGCUUUGGCAGGGAACACGUCGAGAGGCAUUAUCGCAAAACCGGGCAGUGUGUGUACAUGCAUCUGAAGCGCACGAUCAAAGAGAAAGACCCAGGAGCCUCGGGAGGCGCGGUGCCACGGAGACAGAACGGGAAAGUGUUUUUAGAGGACGUAGACCUCAGCUGCGAUUUUAACGGAGACGAUUACGAAUACGAGGACGAGGCCAAACUUGUCAUAUUCCCAGACCACUUCGAGAUCCCUUUGCCCAAUAUUGAGGAGCUGCCAGCGCUGGUGACGAUAGCCUGUGACGCUGUGCUCAGCUCCCCGUCGCCGUACAGGAAACAGGAACCGGACUCCUGGGAGGACGAGAUCCAGGUGUCCAGGCACGCCAGGAACCUCAAGCAGCUGGACAACAGCGUCCGGAUCCCCCCCAGCGGCUGGAAGUGCGCCAGGUGUGAGCUGCGCGAGAACCUGUGGCUCAACCUCACGGAUGGAGCGGUGCACUGUGGGAGGUGGUUCUUCGAUGGCAGCGGGGGCAACGGCCACGCGCUGGAGCACUACCGCGAAACCCACUACCCGCUGGCCGUCAAGCUGGGCACCCUCACCCCCGACGGCGGAGAUGUGUAUUCAUUCGAUGAGGAGGAGGCUGUACUGGACCCAUACUUAGCAGAACAUUUAGCUCACUUUGGAAUAGACAUGCUUCAGAUGCAAAAGACGGAGAACGGCCUCCCGGACAGCAAGGCGAAACCGCGGAUCAGCGAGUGGGAAGUGAUCCAGGAGUCGGGCUUGAAGCUGAAGCCCGUGUAUGGGUCUGGCUACACGGGCAUCAAGAACUUGGGCAGCAGCUGCUACCUGAGCACCACCAUGCAGGUCCUCUUCAGCAUCCCAGAGUUCCAGAGGGCGUUUGUGGGAAACAUUCAGAGGAUAUUUGACUACUCGCCCCUGGAUCCCACGCAGGAUUUCAGCACACAGAUGGCCAAGCUGGGACACGGUCUCCUGUCAGGCCAGUACUCCAAGCCUCCAGUGAAAUCUGAGCUGAUUGAACAGGUGAUGAAGGAAGAGCGCAAGGUAUUCGUCUGGCCCCAGCAGCGAGGGAUCUCCCCCAGGAUGUUCAAAGCCCUGGUCAGCAGGGGCCACGUGGAGUUCUCCUCCAGCAGGCAGCAGGACGCCCAGGAGUUCUUCCUGCACGUGAUCAACCAAGUGGAGAGGAACAGCGAGGGCUCGGAGAAUCCCAGCGACGUCUUCCGGUUCCUGGUGGAGGAGAGGGUCCAGUGCUGCCAGACCCGCAAGGUCCGCUACACGCAGAGGGUGGACUACCUCAUGCAGCUGCCUGCCCCCCUGGAGGCCGCCACCAACAAGGAGGAGCUGAUCAGCUACGAGUCCAGGCGGCAGGAGGCGGAGGAGGGCCGGAGGCCCCCCCCAGAGCGGGUGCGAGCCAGGAUCCCCUUCAGCGCCUGUCUGCAGGCCUUCACGGAGCCAGAGAACGUCGCCGACUUCUGGAGCUCAGCCCUGCAGGCCAAGUCCGCGGGAAUCAAGACGUCCCGCUUCGCGUCCUUCCCCCUGUACCUGGUCGUACAGAUUAAGAAAUUCACUUUUGGGGUGGACUGGGUGCCUAAAAAAGUAGACCUGUCCAUCGACGUGCCGGACCUGCUGGACAUCUCGCACCUCCGUGCCGCUGGCCUGCGGCCGGGGGAGGAGGAGCUGCCCGACCUGGCGCCGCCCAUCGUCAUUCCUGACGACCCCAGAGAUCACUCCAUGAGCCAUCUCAUGGACUCUCCGGAGAUCGACGAGUCCUCGGUGAUGCAGCUGGCAGAGAUGGGCUUCCCUCUGGAGGCCUGCCGGAAAGCGGUUUACUACACAGGAAACAUGGGGCCUGAGAUGGCCUUCAACUGGAUCAUAGCCCACAUGGAAGAGCCUGAAGGCAACGGUAACAGAAACGCCGGAAGUAAUCCGCAGCAGGAUUUCGCAGAGCCCUUGGCCCUGCCCUCGUUCGGGGACCCUGGGACCGGGGGGUCGAGCCUGACCUCCGGGAUGGACAGCCAGCCCCCGGAGGAGAGCAUCGCCAUCCUGACCUCCAUGGGCUUCUCCCGGCGCCAGACGGUCCAGGCACUGGGGGCCACGAACAACAACCUGGAGAGAGCGCUGGACUGGAUCUUCACCCACCCCGAGAGCGAGGAGGAGAGCGAGCCUGUCUCGGGCGUCGCGGACGCGGAGGGCAACAGCGCCGCAGAAGCCUCCUCCGGCGCAGAGCCCGCGGGCCCGCGGGUCCGAGACGGGCCUGGACGCUACGAGCUCUUUGCCUUUAUCAGCCACAUGGGAACAUCCACGAUGUGCGGCCAUUAUGUUUGCCACAUUAAAAAGGAGGGCAGAUGGGUGAUCUACAAUGACCACAAAGUGAGUCUUUCCGAAAGGCCUCCUAAGGACUUGGGCUACAUCUACUUUUACCAGCGGCUGGCCAGCAGCUAGGCCUGAGCCCUGGCAGCCAGCCUCAGAGCCGUGGUGCUCCAGCCAGCGGAAAUCGAGACCUGUCCACGCUGGAGGAGCGGCCUGGACACCAGGGCGAGAGCUGUGGGUCGAAGUGGGGGAGCACUGGGAGAUGGCCGCCAUGUCGCGUUCAGGCCCAGUACAAGAGGGAAUCUUUUCUGUGUGUCCGUGAGAUGUUCGACGUGAAUUUCCGUGUGUUUGUCAAGGGUAGAUGUGAAAGAAGACGCGUGCAAUUUAGUUACCAAAAGCAGCUGUGCGAUGCCUUGUAUAUCAAAAGUUUUUUGGGCUUUUUUUUUCAUGAUUUUUUUGUUGUUGUUGGCAUAACAUUUUAAAAAGCCUUAAUUUUCUAGGAGACUUUUUAUUUUCCUGAAUGUUUCGGAACAGAACAUCCACAGAGUCCUUAGCUCUUGUGUUCUCAGACUGGCGCAAGUGAAAAACAGCCCGAUCUUGGAGGAAACAGUGUGUCCCAGACUUGCAGCACCUUUGCAGUUUAAAGACCUGUCCAGGGAGCCAAUGAGUUCUAAAACCCCUGGCUCUGCCCCCACCAGCAUCAGGAGCACGUUAGUGUAGAGCUGCAGAUGUGAGAGGGAAGGCAGUGUGUUAUUUAAGGAUCUGGCUUCAUUACCUGGGGGCCAUGGGUUCAAAUCCCAUUGGGGGUGUUGCCUUGGCAACUACAAGGGGGUCAAGCACUAAGCAGAUAUUGUUCUUUCACAGGUCGGUUCCUGAAACUGGGAGGACCUCUGUGGAGACGUGUGUAGGUGCCACAUCUGGUUGUGGUGGCUGGUUAAUGGAUAUGACUAAUGAAGAAGGUUGAUGAAGUUUUUGCGUUAUUAAUGUAAAUGAAUCAUUACAGAUGUAGAGAUCCAGUCUCCACCUGUUCCUGCCUUUUCAUGUAUUCUUAAAAAAAAAAAACCCAGAAUGAUGGGAUGAAGGAAAGGGCAUCGCAUCUGAGCGGAACCUCAAAGCAGCUUAAAAAGCUUCUCGGGAGAGAGAGGAUCGGGCUGUCGGGCUUCUAGGAAACAGGAGCUGUGGCCAUUUCGAGGUCUGUCCCUGUCCCCACGGCUCUGCCAGAGGGGAUGCUGCUUGUGGCUGUCUUUCACUUGAGCUGCUCUGUUAUGUGCCGCAGGUGUGCGUUUGACGGUGUUGAGUUAAUGAAUUCCUUCCCAGUGUAUGAAGUGACCUUAGCUCUUCCUCUGCGGUCUACCUGUCAGUCCGGACACACGAGUGUCCACAGUCGUCACUGUAGUUGCCUGCUGAGAACAGCUGCAGAAGGAUUCUUCAGAAGGCCUCAUUAGUGCCUGGGUUUCUUUUGUCAAAGAAACUAAAACCAUCUUGUCUUUGAUGCGGUAUAAUUUAAACAAAGUUUUAUUGUAAAGCACUUUAAUUAUAGAACAACCUAGAUUGCUUUGUACGAAGAAAACCUCCAGCAUUACCUUGACCCGUCUGUUCGUCAGUUUUGUUGUGGAAAGUAGGUGGCGUUUCAAUUAAUUGUGCCAAAACCGUAGGAGUUGGUGAUCUCAACCAAAAUGUUGGCAGUUGUGAUUUUGCCAGCUGAGGUAAAACACUGUGGUGCUUUCUGUUGCCCGGAGCAAUAACUUUUGGGACAGUCCGAGGGAAACCGCAGUUUGGGGAUCGUAGCUGUCUGGGAAAGUGAAAAUGACACGUUGUGAUCUGGUUAAAAAAAAAAACGUUGUUGAGAAGAAUCUACGGCUGACCACUGUAGUGGACAGAGUACGGUGCACUGUGUUUAAGUGUGCAAAUAUCCAGGCCCGCUCCUCCCUCAAGAGUCAUAUCUUUACACACUAAUCAAUGAUUCUGUGGGUUCUUUCCACCAUUUUACAGGUCCUUGACAUGACAUGACUGCGCAACCGUGAUCGUCUCUCACUAUUCAGUUCUUAGGUUGGAGAACUGGGGUUUUCUGUGUGAGGUACUGAACGAUAUCUGGUUAAUCUCCGUUUUGAGCACAAACGGAUCUCCAAAGGACCCCGAGCUCACGCAGACGGGUCUCCAAACAUAUCGGGGGCUGCCAGCCUCUAGGCUGUGCCUGGCGGCUUUGUGCUCAUGACAUACACCUCCCAGGUGUUUCAGAACACCGCUGGUUAGUGUGCACGCUGCACUCCAGAGUUAGACCCGUUCCUGGAGUGAGAACGGACAGCAUGCCUUCAGCACAGUGGCAGUGGGGUGUCUCUGGGGGAACCAGCUACCCUGAGAGUAACUAGAACAGCUCUUUACAGAAAUAUGGAGGUGUGGAGGGGAGCCAUCUAUACCCCCUCCCCUUAGCUGAAGAACAAGCACAGUCUGUCUCUUGUAAAUACUUAGAUUUUUUUUCCACAGAACUGUGUUUUUUUCCUCAAAAGUCUAGUCUCCCCACCAUUCCCACUACCAUAACCAACUGAAUAAACUGAAAUGGACUGGUUUAUUACAUUACAACUGUGCUCCUUAAAGUGCCCUAUAAAUGGUAAAGAAUGUACUUUUAUCACAUUUAAAAGUCUCAGUUCAGUUUUUUGAAGUCUGAAUGUGUUCCCUGUGGUGCUGAGCUGUUUUGAAGUUUCCCAAGAAAAUCGUAACACGACCCAUAGCUAAUCGGUCGCUCUCUUGUGAAAUUUCAAGGGUCGUCUUCCUCAUUUCACCAAAGUUAUUUGCAUCUCUGAAGGAUUCAAUUUAGCCAUAUCAAAAAUGUAUUUUAGUUAAUGUUAUGUAACGUUUGUAGUCAUAGGCGAUGCUGAAGUACAGAAAAAUAACUCCGCCUGCCUUGAAUGUGGUACUGCACUGAGAAUGUUUGCUGAGUAUAAGUGCAAUAUUUAAAGAACGCAUGUUGUUCUAGUGAACAGUAGUGCUGUAGGCACAGUGUAAAUGGUACCAGCUGCUUCUGUGUUCCAAGGGCAUAGUUUUCAACUGGUGUGUCUGUAGUAUGGAUGAAAUAAACCUCUGUUUUUGGUACACCAUGAACUCGGCCGUGACUUGUGCAGAGAUUUUCACUGCACUUUCGCCGUCCCUUUUGUUGCGUGUCAGCUGCUCCCUUGUGAUUCGUUUUUAAAAAUUUUUCCUGUAAAGUGAACAGCCAGUCUGUGCAUGUGACGAUAUGAUGUGUUUUUAGGGAGUUUUGUACUAAUCUCGCUGUCGACGCCAGAUCAAUAACGUCUGUGGCUGCCAGUUCUCCCUUUGUGAUGCAAAGUCUGUGCAGCCCAACUGGAAAUCUUCAAGGUUACUAUGCAAGUCCUGUCGUCUGUUUCAGUUCCCUCUAAGCUCUCUGUCCUCUGCCCACCUGUUCUGUGCCUUUUUGGUUCUUUGCUCCUCUGUUUCCCGGCUGUUGUGCUGUAUGCUGUAAGCUAUAAGCUCUAGUCUAUAGUCUUGUAGUCUGCCGCUGCUUGUGGUGCUGGCGAUGUUCUGGGGGAUACUGUAGGCCAGGAGUUUCCGGUCCUGGCCGUGGAGACACACACCUGCUGGGUUUGCUUUCACUCGGCCUCUCGGUUACAGCUGAACCCCUAACUGGCCCAAUAACGGGAUUAAUCUGAACUGUUUGGCUGUUUUUACCUCUUGAACAUCAGAGUUGCCUUUAAAAAUAAAAUCCCAAAGUGCCGAGUAGAGAAAAAACCUGCCAAUAUUCCAGUUAAGCAGCUUGAUAGCUCAGUUAAGGCCUGAGUUUAUCCAGAGGGGCUGGAGUGGAAACCCGAAGGUGUUGUGUAGGAUGACAAUGUCAUUCUGCCACCCUGACUGUCUCUCUGUGUGACCUGUAAGAGCUGGGAAACGUACAGUUUAUCUCUGCGUUACCACACGGUUUUAAUUGUUUAUGUAUUAUCUGCACACGCACUGAACAUUGACAUUUGGUCAUUACAAUUGUACAAUUUUAUUUUUUUUCAUAAAUUUGGUGAAGGAAAGUUUUCACCUGUUUUUAUUGGAUUAUUCUUUUCGCAAACAAGAUUGUGCCAGUCCUGUUUUGUCUACGCUGGGUUCUCCACAUGUAGUCCUUGUCAAAGACACCCUGCUUUCUUGUCGGUGUGGUUUAAUUUCAGUGGCAGGAGUGUCUUGCUCUUGCAGAGUGAGCUCUCUGGUCAAAUCGACUGUGGAGAGGCUGGCUGGCUGUAGUCCUGCUCUCUGCUUCACCAGCGAUGAUCGAAGAAACACUGGGCGGAGAACUAACUACUAACUACACUGGUACUGCUCACUCUUAACAUUAGGAUGGUUCAAUAAAUUCAAAACUUGUUGAA